GCAGGCUGCGGCAGCCGGUUCAGGGAAGAAUUCAUACUGUGGCCGACCAACAGAAAGAUGACGAGCUCUUGCCGUACGCCGUUUAUCCCGUCGAGCAACGAAACCACCCAAUCAGGUAGAAGUUACGCUCGGAAACAAGCGCGUGACGAUGCAAGUAGAUACCGCAGCAGCUGUUUCUCGUGUGUCGGGAGACCUACUGACGCACCUAGCGCAACUGCCACCGCUCGCACCGUCUUCAAUCAAGCCAAGGUUCCUGUCGAAUACAACGGGCAGCGGAAAGUUUUACCGGUAAUUGUGGUACCAGGAAACAAGCCAGCGCUACUGGGACGGGACUGCAUUGAGAGCCUAUAGAUGUUGACCUGAACGGCAUUCCACUUUUCAAGCUGAGCUCAUGCCGGACGGCCUCAUAAAAAGGUGCCGACUACAACGAAUGCCGGGCGCGGGUGGAAGCAGUCCUGCAGCGCUUCGUGAAGCACGGCGUAAAAGUUUCCUCAAAGCCAGCGCGGUACAGCACGUCAGGACACGUCCGUACCACUUGGCUUCGAAUGGGGCAGCAGAGAGGCUCGUCCAGACAGUAAAGAGGAACCUGAUUCGUCAACUGCAUGACGAGCAGCGCGCGGAAGAAACUCGGACCGUUCAGCAAAGGCUGGACCAGUUCCUGUUUACAUACCUUAACACACUAUGUUACCCGUCAUGCUUCCUGACGGGUAAGACGCCAGCAGAGAGCUUCCUGUCUUGGGCAUCGCGCACGGUUCUCGGCAUUUUGCACCAGGAAUUAGCCAAGCGACCAGAGCCCAUUCCAGCUCAACAUCAAGGACAGGGACAAAAAAAAAAAAAAAACGCGGAGAGAGUUUGGCUUCAGGAGACAAUGUUCGUGUGAGAGGAAUCCGACCGGGCGACCCACGUUGGUUAGAAGGAACGAUUGUUCGUCGAGUCAGCAUGGCAACAUGUGUAGUCAGUGCGCACGGCCGGGAACGAUUCAUGCCUGCAUACGACAUUGUUGUUAAUACAUGUGCUCUUCCUGUGCCCAAAACCGUACGUAUGCUUGGCGCAAACCAUACGCAGCCCGGUCCAGCAGCGCCUGAAGAGCUCGAUGAGAGCCAGACCGAGGUACAGGAGCCUGCGCCAGAAGCUAAGUCUACAUAGGACUCAACUACCGCUGAGGGGCCUCCGGAGCUCUACCACGCCGAGACACGAGGAUACGAUGCCAUCCUGAUAUAUAUUGAUAUGAAACAAAAUAAGGGAGAAGGAGUGUCGUAGCCA